UCUACGAUCGUCUACAUUCCCACCGCUAGGAUAGCAUGACGGGCAAUGGCGACUGAGACAUUGUAACAACAAAAGACAUUCGUAGGAGCAGCGUUGCUGUUUGGCAACUGCAGGAAACCCCUUUCCUGCUCUUCUGCCUCGUAUGGUAGCUGCGGCGGGCGCUCCGCUGCCUUUCGCAUGGUGCUUGUACCGCCGCCGCCGCCGCCGCCGCCGCCGCCGUGAUUGUCAGAGCAGAAGCGAACGAACGCUGAGACGGAAAUAACGAGAAUUCAACGACGUCACCCAAAGUAGCAACAAAACCAUUGGCGCGGCAAUAGACAGCUCGCUACACACACAACAACAAUAAGAACUCCGUUGAUUUUCUGCUGCGGCUGUCGCUGCUUCUUCCCUUCAAUAGCAACUGAAUUUUUUUCUCAAAUUUGACGGUUGCCGGCUGAUGCCGCAAUAAACACUGCCGCAAUCGUGGCGAUAGACUGACCACAGCAUCGAACAGACGCACCGACUCGUCCGCAGGCAGACCAACGGACAGGCCGCAGUAGAUGGCGGAUGGUAAAUGCCCCGCGUGAGACGUCGCUGGGGCAGUUGUUGCAGAGAGACGUACAAACCGUUUGCCAACAUCUGACGCACCUAAAUUACACGAAGCCGUGGUAACGUUUGCAGGUGCCGUUUGAAUAGACGAAAACGAAGAAAGAGUAGACGACGGCUGGCUGUGCAUAGGAAGUUGCCUGUGAUCUUUUGCGAUCUUACGGAACAGUUAGUGGGUUCUUUACGUUCGACGUGAACGUAAAAAACGUGCAUUUGUAUGUUGUCUGAAUGCAUAUGAACGGAAGUGUAGGGAGAUGGUGCAGUGAGAACAAUGUGAAAUCGGGCAACUCUGACUGUCGAACGGUACCAUAGUUUAUCCACGGAGGAAGCGAAAGUUAAGAGUUUCCGUUUGUUACUUCGUAAUAACUCCAGCAGUGUCUUAAUUUUACUAGUGAAAGACAAGGGACGACUUCUGAGGAUAUAGUUUUUCGAAACUGGCGACCAGUCACAGUGAGUACGGUCGAAAAACCUCGAAAAAGCAAAAUCACUCAUGGUGGAGGAUGGUCGAGCCACUUUUAGAAGAUUCGUAGAAGAGUCAGACAUUUUACACCAGUUAUGUCGGACCGUGUUGAAAGAUAAUUUCGAGGCAACAAGGCUUACAGCAAGAACUGUGCCGAAGGACCCGAAUUCGGAGCAAAUGCAGACCCAUCAAUCACUGUGUGACAGCUUAACGCACUCAAAAACCCGCUGGAUUUGUUCCACCGCAUCGUUACAGGCAUUGGUUCAGCAAGCGAUCGGCGCCUCCGGUUAAGGAUCCUCUCAACUGUUCAUAAAUCUGGAUAAAAGCCCCCUGACAAGGGGUCUUCAGACGGUCAGAAUGAACAAAACUGAUGGAUGGUAUCAUGGGUGCAGUCCAGGCCUCAUUUUACCGAUCAUCAAUGAGGGCGAAUGGAAUCAAUAUACACGGGCGUUUUUAUAUUUCGCCGGACUACUCUACUGUUUUCUGGGUGUUGCUAUCAUAGCUGACAUCUUCAUGUGUUCCAUCGAGAAGAUCACUUCGAAAACUAGAAAAAUCACACUUUCUCCACAGAAAAAGGUUCUCAGAGUGUACGGAGAUGGCCACUUUGAACCCGACAGCGACAUUGUCUUGAUGCCAGAUAGUGAACCUGAGGUAAUUGAGGUAAAGGUGUGGAAUGAAACGGUCGUAAAUCUCACUCUUAUGGCUCUCGGCUCGUCCGCGCCCGAAAUUCUUCUAAGCAUUAUCGAGAUUAUUGGAAAUGACUUCCACGCAGGAGAACUUGGUCCCGGCACCAUCGUCGGAUCGGCGGCUUUUAACCUGUUAGUGAUCUGCAGCGUCUGCGUGGUAGCGAUUCCAGCUGGCGAGACGAGGCGUAUUCGCAUGAUUAAAGUGUUCGCUGUAACAGCAUCGUUCUCAAUUUUUGCAUAUGUUUGGUUGCUGAUCGUUCUCGUUUUGGUUACCCCCGAUGUGGUUGACUUGUGGGAAGGUAUCCUUACUCUGCUUUUCUUCUUUGUACUUGUACUUCUCGCCUAUCUAGCUGAAAAAGGCGUUCUCCUGCCUGGUCACAAAAAAGAAGACACCUCUCGUCGGAAGCAAAUUGAACUGAAGAGCACGGAUGAUCCCGAGAAGGCAAAGGAAGGUGUUCCGAACGGCACUGAUUCUCACAAAAAGAAAUUUUUCCAAAAUGGACGAAUCGAUAGAUCUAAUCUUCUCAACUUUAUCAAAAAAAUUCGAAAGCAUCCCGGCCUGACCGAUGAAGAUUGCGCUACCCUAGCUGCAGCGCGUCUUGCCGAUGAACAAGUCCAUAGUCGUGCUUGGUAUCGAAUCUCCGCCAUUCGUGAUUUCACUGGCAGCAGACGGACGAAACCCUCGAUCUCGGCACGACUUCAGCGAAAGCUCGACCAAGAGGUGUGCGAACUAUUUGCAGUGGCUGACACGUUAGAUAAAGGUGGAGACAAACGUGAAACCGAUAAUAAGCUCGUUGGUACACCUGAAGCGCCUUCGGCUCAAAAGGGUAUUCUACUUACGCCGCUGCCGCGCUUUAUAGACAAGGAUCUUUCGUAUGUAGAGUUCAACGCAAGCCAAGUAGCCGUCGUGGAGAAAGCUAAGAAGGCAACGGUUCUUGUUCGACGGAGAGGAAAUACUGAAUCCGAAAUUGCGGUUCGCAUUGAAACAAUUGACGGCACUGCUACGGCUCAUGAAGACUAUAAACCGCUUAGGCAGAUUGUGAAGUUCGCGGCCGGCGAGGUCGUGAAGACUGUCACCAUUGAGAUUGUUGACGAUAAGCAAUGGGAACCGGAUGAGAGUUUCUUUCUUCGGCUUUCUAUUCCACUGUCGCAGAAAUCUGUACGACUGGGCCGCAAAUCCGUCAUGGAAGUGAUCAUUAUCAACGACGAUGAACCUGGCCAGUUCCAGUUCCUUCGUCGAGGCGUGCUGGUUAAGGAGAGCGUUGGGAUUGCGUCUUUAACCGUCGUUCGACGGAGGGGCUGUGAUGGGGUGGCCCAUGUGCAUUGGCGAACUAAAAAUCAGACUGCCGUUCAUGGGAAAGACUUCAUCGGCGGCGAAGGCAAACUUGUAUUUGAAGACGGCGAAUCGGAAAAAGCUAUCGAAAUCAAAAUCGUUGACGAUCUUGAAGCGGAAAAGGAUGAACACUUCGAGGUGGAACUCUUCGAGCCAUCGGCGGGGUGCACGCUUGGCUCGCGUACGAAAUGCACAGUGACCAUCGCCAACGACGAUGAGGUUAAUUCGGUCAUGAACCGAAUCAUGAUGAUGGUAGACGUUAACGUGGAUAAGAUGCGUGUGCACAACGAAUCAUGGGCUGAUCAGUUCCGUGAAAACAUGAACGUCAACGGCGGAGAUUUCGAGUCAGCUACCAUGACCGAUUAUAUAAUGCACGGUGUGACCUUUUUCUGGAAGCUUCUAUUUUCCUUCGUCCCGCCUACUGCGUAUGCCGGUGGAUGGAUCACAUUCGUUGUCUCAUUAGUUAUGAUUGGUAUACUCACUGCCAUUGUAGGUGAUUUAGCAGCGAUAUUUGGGUGUCUCAUCGACCUUAAAGCUACAGUUACAGCAAUUACGUUCGUUGCUCUGGGUACGUCGCUUCCGGACUUGUUCGCGUCACGCACGGCCGCCGUCCAGGAGAAGUUUGCUGACAAUGCUAUUGGAAACGUGACAGGUUCCAACUCAGUUAAUGUGUUCCUUGGCUUGGGUUUGCCCUGGGUGAUUGCUUCUAUCUAUUGGACAACGAAAGGGGAAGUUUUCAAGGUUGAAGCGGGCACUCUAGGCUUCAGCGUGGGUAUCUACUGUGCAGUAGCCAUCUGCUGUAUAGCUUUACUACUAGCCAGACGCCAGCUGCAUCCGCUAGGUCGAGCAGAGCUUGGUGGGCCCCGUCGCACGGCUAUCGGGUCUGCACUUUUUAUGAUGUCUCUUUGGUUGAUCUACGUGACCCUCUCAGCACUUAGAGCAUACGGAUACAUUUAAUUAACGCGCCAUUGUUACGUGUUCCGAGAAGGAUGUCCUGUAACACAACACACUGUACGCAUAGAACCUAUUGCUGUCUGCCAGAUUUCAAAUGUGCUUAUGAUGUAUUACGAUGCUGUGGAAAUAGGACAAGCAAAGGGAAAAGAUAGACAGUCGAGUGGUUGACGUCUCGAUUGUUGAUGAAUGGCCACCGGUUAAAGACACUUAAAACCUUACAAUUCUAAUUAAACAAAUAACAAACGACCACCCCAAGCUUAUAUACAAGAAUACAAAAUGAGCUCCCGCAGGACCUAGUUAAUUCGUUGUCCGACUAAUUGCGUGACUGGUUCACCCAAAAAUGAGAUUUUCUUCACAAUUUUAUUUACGAUACAUUAGGACAGAAAACGUGCACAAAGCGCCUGUUGAUGAAUUGACAGGAUCUGAGGAAAAAUAUCAUCACGUGGUCUGUUAAAACAAAAUUGAGUUCAAGACAAUGUUGGCAGUAUGUCAUGCGCGUUCUUUGCUGAUGUCAUAAAAAUCAGAAACAAUAGUAAAUUAGGAGGUAGCCGGAGUCAAGAGGUGCCUUAAGACCGAUAAACGAGCAGCAUUCGUCUCGUAGAGGUACCCGCUUAAACAACAAAAAGCAAAAGCUAAUAGACAAGGGUAGGCUCUCUAAAGUGAAAAGCAGGGUCGGACCUAGGCAUCUAUUCUGUGAGUGUAGUUAAACCUCGACAAAGGUUUUGUCUGAAGGCAUCGAAAGACAUAUGGGGAGGUCUACAAUGCAACUGAACAGAUUGCGUGUUCUGAUUCAUCAAAAAUAUUCUAGACGCCUAUUUCCAACUGUUUCAAUUUUCUAAAUUAGCUACGCCAUUUCCUCAUGAUUACGAGUUAUUUAUGAAUGCUUGCAAUAUUUAUUUAUACCACCUGUACGUAAUAAUAUACAUUUAAGUCAUUUCUGUGUCUCAUCUCUUUGGGCACACCCCUUACACGUCGUGGAAGUUGCAUCUACAUCCACCCUCACUCACUGCAUCUGCUUCACGCUUCGUUGUAUAUUAACCUUCAUUUAACAGUAUAUAUAUACAGAUGUGUACAGCAAUAAAUAAUGUGCUUUCCGUGUA